AUGCCCUCAUCGAUUGAGUUCAAAUUGUUUGCACCCAAUGUUUCAAAACAAAUAUCAUUAAUCGGUUCGUUUUCUGCAUGGAACAAAGUUUCGAUGACCAAACACGACGAUGGAUAUUUUCAUGUCAACGUUGAUUUAGACGAUGGCGAGUACGAGUAUAAAUAUCGAAUCGAAGACGGCGAGCAGGAUAUUAUUGAUCCAUAUGCUACUCGCGUUGAUAUCAAACGGCAGGUUUCUCUUAUUCGAAUUCAAAAUGGAAAACGUAUAGUGGAUACAUAUGAAUGGAAAUAUGAUGAUAGCAAAGAAUUACCUGUGGAAAAUAGAGAUUUAGUAAUUUAUGAAGUAUUCGUCGCCGAUUUCACAGAGGAAGGAACAUUUCAAUCGGCCAUAAACAAAUUAGAUUAUCUUUCAACACUGGGUAUCAAUUGCAUUCAACUCAUGCCAGUUUUUGAAGCUGAUGAAGGUCAUGAUUGGGGAUAUGUAACACGACAUUUUUUCUCUGUACAAUCGAGUUAUGGUCGAAGUGAAGAUUUAAAACAGUUUGUCGAUGAAUGUCACCAACGCGGAAUGCGAGUGAUGAUCGACUGUGUUUUUAAUCAUUCACAUGGUGAAUGUCCGUUAACAAAAAUAGAUCGUGGGUUUUGGUAUUACACGGGUCUACAUCAUCCUGAUCAUCCUAACGAAGUUUGGGGACCGGAAUUCAAUUAUGAACAUGAAGAAAAUGGUAUUAAACCGGCAUGGCUAUUCAUCAGUGAUGUCAUUCGAUUUUAUAUUCAAGAAUAUCAUAUUGAUGGCAUAAGAUUCGAUGCAACGAAACAAAUCGAUAAUCACGAUGUUUUGAGACAUUUCGAUCGCCUUAGUAAAGAGCUGAAACAAAAUUUUUAUACUGUCGCCGAAUAUGUACCCGCCACAUCGAAAAUGUGUAAACCAAACGGGCCGCUCGAUGGUGUCUGGGUUGGUGUGGGUCCGAAUAUUGUUGAACAGUUUUCCAAUGUUAAUCAAUUAGAAGCUGAAAAAAUGAAAUCAAUGAUCGAUCCGAGAUACGAUGGAAAAGAGUCAUAUGAGAAAAUAACAAAUUGUGUUACGUUCUGGGCCUGUCACGAUAAUUAUCGACUCAUUCAUUGGUUAGCCGAUAAACUAAAAUAUUUCGAUCGUCAAGCGUUUAACCGAUUAAAAUUCGCCGCUGUUAUACUGCUGACAUGUUGGGGUGUGCCGAUGAUAUUUAUGGGAGAUGAAUUUGGUGAAUCGAAAAAGAAGGAAGAGACGAAAACAGUACUGAAAUUGGACUGGUCAUUGCCAAAUAAUCGUCCAAAUCAUUCUCUACUUGAUUUGUAUUGUUGUCUAAUCGGUUUUCGAAAGAGUUCAAACGCAUUAAAAUCCGAUAAUUUAUCGUUUUUCUAUGAGCAUAUCGAUAAUCAGAUAUUGGCCUAUGUCAGAUGGACAAAUGAGGGUGAACGAGUGGUAGUUGUACUCAAUUUUUCAUCAAUCAACUGUUACAGAAAAUAUCGAAUUGAACAUUGGCCACAAGCAGGAAAAUGGUUGGAUCUAAUUGACGGUUUUACUAUUGAUGUAAGCGAACAGGGACCAGAGAUUGAUCUAAAUGAAUUAAAAGCAAAAGUUUUUGUUUGGAAAGGCUAA